AUGAGUGAACAAGAAGCCAUUACAGAUGUUAUGAAUAUUCUCGGGGCUGAACCCACAAGUGAUUCAGAUCAUCGAGAGCAACUUGCUCGUUGGGAUUGCUUCGCCGCUUUCAACAUGGAACUAAUUGGCGAUCUGACAUUUAAACUCAAUCCUGGACCCUCUAUGAACGAAAUAAUACCGGUCAUUGUUUCAUCGCAAGCCAAGCGCAGCCAUGCAUUACGGCCAACCACUGUGUUACAGAACGUUACCCUCGGCUCCAAAAAUUGCUGUCCCAGAGGAGCGAAUUGGCACAAUCUUAUCAGCAUAAGAUGCUCAAAGCAAAAACUGCAGAAUAGAUUCGUACCCAUCGACUUCUGUUUGUUGAAUACCAGAUCGAUCAAUAAGAAGGAACUUGCGAUCAAAGACUAUGCAGUCGACAAUAACGUGGACAUUUUCGCAAUGACUGAGACAUGGCUGAGUAAUAAUGAAAACUAUAAUUUUUCCAUCACCGAAGUCUGCCCCACUGGAUACCAGGUUUACCACAUUCCUCGGAAAAACUCGCGAGGGGGAGGAGUUGGUCUCCUUAUAAAGAAGCACGUGAAGGUUACGAAACAAACCCAAAGAAAUUUCAAGUCUUUCGAAUACCUGGACAUCGUAACGAUAUGCUCCACUGGGUCUACAAGAAUUGUUACCAUCUAUAGACCACCUCCAUCUGAGACAAAUCAACUAAAUAGUGCUCUCUUCCUCGAAGAAUUCUGCAUUCUCACAGAACAUUUAGUUGUGUUCCCUGGUAACCUACUUAGAGUGGGUGACUUCAACUACCACGUGGAUAAUAUCAGCAAUUUGGAUACUGUAAAAUUUAACAACAUGUUAGAAUCGUUCGGCCUAGUCCAGCAUGUAGAUGAACCCACCCAUAAAAAGGGCUACACCUUAGACCUGCUCAUAACUAGAGCCGAGGAAGAGCUAGUAAAUAGCACUGAAAUACGGUAUCCCAUGCUGUCCGAUCACUCUGCUGUACACUGCAAACUUCGUCUAAAGAAACCACCUCUGGAACAAAAGGAAAUUAGUUAUCGAAAACUGCGCUCGAUAAAUAUAGGCAGUUUAAAUGAUGACCUAAAGCAGUCCGAUCUACUGUCAACUAUCACCCCUGAUCUUACAGAUCUCAUUGAAAAAUACGAAAACACACUGACGGAAAUACUUGAAAUGCAUGCCCCUUUAAAACGACGCGUGAUAACCCUCCGCCCAUCAGCACCAUGGUACCACGAGGGUAUUAGUGAUGCUAAGAGAAAACACCGGAAGCUGGAGCGCCGCUGGCGAUCGUCAAGACUGUGCACUGACAGGCAGAUGUAUGUCGACCAGUGUCGGGCUGUGAAUAAAAUGCUUAAAGACGCAAAGGCUUCAUACUACUCGUCUAUUAUUUCAGAGAAUGCAUCAGAUCCAAAAGUGCUUUUCGACGCAGUUAACAAGCUAUUAAACCGCAAAGUAGAGAGACGCUAUCCGACCGCACACUCAACGAUUGAGCUUACGAACAAAUUUGCCGGAUUUUUUGACAAGAAGAUAGCAACAAUAAGAACAAAGCUAUCCAAUGAAGCAAAUAGCAGUACCCAGUCCUGGGAAGCAAACAAAAAGUCUUGUCAUGCCGAAUUCAAAGAGUUCCGAGUGAUGUCAGAGAGUGAGAUUGAGGGUUUUGUCAACACUAUCGGUAAAAACUCCUGCGAUCUUGAUCCUAUACCGGCAUCUAUUCUAAAGGAAUGUAAAUCAGCCCCUCUACCUGUCUUAGCUAACAUCGUUAACAUUUUGCUCCAAUCAGCAUCAAUGCCUGCUGCACUAAAAGAAGAAGCGAUCAAACCGAAGUUGAAGAAGGACAACCUGGACUCUGAGGAUUAUUCAAAUUUUAGACCUAUCUCAAAUCUGAAGGUCAUAACAAAGAUAAUUGAAAAGGCAGUUUCUUGUCAAUUGAGUGAUCACCUACGUGAUAAUGAUCUAGAGGAAUCUUUUCAAUCUGCGUAUAGGCGUUUUCACAGCACAGAGACUGCUCUCUUGAGGGUGCAAAGUGACGUUCUCUUAGAAACAGACGAUCAAAAAUGUGUUGUCAUGCUAUAG